AUAAAAGAAUCGAUUAAACACAAGUACACAACCCCGAAGUUGUCAACACUCGAAGUACGUUUUGUGAUAGCGGAACGAGAAACCUCUCGCUCUACUAUUCUAUCAACACAACACAGACACACAGCAUAAAUAUAAACCCUAAUUCCAAAUCACUCAAAACCCAAAUCAUCUCCUCCAACUCAAAACCCGAUUAAUCAAAUUACUCAUGUCCAACCCUAAUCAGCCUCAAUUUCGGUACACACAGACGCCAUCUAAGGUGCUUCACUUGCGUAACCUUCCAUGGGAAUGUAUUGAAGAAGAGCUCGUUGAGCUCUGUAAGCCUUUUGGCAAGAUCGUUAACACUAAGUGCAAUGUCGGCGCUAAUCGCAAUCAAGCCUUCGUCGAAUUCGUGGAGCUUAAUCAGGCCAUUAAUAUGGUUUCAUAUUAUGCUUCAUCUUCAGAACCUGCAUCUAUUCGGGGUAAACAUGUUUACAUACAAUAUUCAAACAGACAUGAAAUUGUCAACAAUAAGGGUCCAGGUGAUGUUCCGGGAAAUGUGUUGCUGGUAACCAUUGAGGGUGUAGAAGCUGGUGACGUAAGCAUUGAUGUAAUUCAUUUGGUAUUCUCAGCUUUUGGAUUUGUGCACAAGAUUGCUACUUUUGAGAAGGCAGCAGGAUUUCAGGCGCUGAUCCAAUUUACUGAUGCUGAGACUGCUCUUUCAGCAAGAGAAGCUUUAGAUGGCAGAAGUAUUCCAAGGUACUUGCUUCCAGAACAUGUUGGUUCUUGCAAUCUGCGCAUCUCAUAUUCAGCUCACACCGAUCUAAACAUCAAAUUCCAAUCUCACCGUAGCCGGGACUAUACAAAUCCAUAUCUUCCUGUAAAUUCAACUGCAAUUGAGGGAUUUGUCCAGCCUGUUGUAGGUCCUGAUGGAAAGAAGAAAGAACCUGAGAGUAAUGUACUACUUGCUUCAAUUGAAAAUAGGAUCUAUGAUGUCACUGUCGAUGUUCUUAAUACGGUAUUCUCUGCAUUUGGUACGGUUCAGAAAAUUGCUAUAUUUGAGAAGAAUGCGACGACUCAGGCUCUGAUUCAGUAUCCUGAUAUCAAUAUUGCAGCCGCAGCUAAAGAUGCUUUAGAGGGGCACUGCAUAUAUGAUGGUGGCUACUGUAAGCUUCAUAUAUCAUACUCUCGUCAUACUGAUCUGAAUGUAAAGGCCUUCAGUGACAAAAGUAGAGAUUAUACAGUACCAGAGUCGGGUUUUGCUGCUGCUCUGCCAGCUGGAGCAACAGUAUGGCAGAAUCCUCAUGCUGCACCAGUUUUUACCGCCAGCGAAUUUGUUGGUGUUAAUUAUGCGCAGCCUCAAGGCCCUCAUGGACAUGUCAAUUACAUGCAGCCGCUUCAAGGCCCUCCCGGACAGGGCCCUCCCGGACAGGGUCCUCCCGGGCAAGGACCUCCUGGACAGGGUCCUCCCGGGCAGGGUCCUCCUGGACAAGCUCCAUCUUGGGAUCCAGCAAUGCAGCUGAGUGGACCAUCCUUUGUUUCAGGCUCCAGCACAUUACCUGGACAAACAUAUGGGCCUACCUCUGGUCAGGUUUAUAAUCCAAUGGGCUCACCUGCUGGUUCCUCACCAUACGGGCCUCCCUCUGGUCAGGUUUAUAAUCCAAUGAGCUCUCCUGCUGGUUCCUCACCCCUUGGACAAAAGACCCAAGUCAAUCCCAGUUCUUCUGCAAGUGGAGGUCAGCCUGGGAAUCCGUCAAAUAUGCAACAUGGUAGUUCCUCCCCUCGUAACCACCACCCACCUUAUUACAGAUAGUAAGUCUUACCAAUGGUAUUCAGUAGACUUGUGUACUUUAUGAUGUUAUUUUUUUUAGUGUGCUAUUUAACUUUCCUUCUUUGAGGAUAUGUGUGAAUAUCCUUGUAAACGUUGGCAUGUGGGUGCCUAAUUGUACUCUGUUUUUCUAUUUAAAUAUUCUCUAGUAAAAAUCAUUUUUUUUGCUGGUGGAAUUGUUACCCUUUUUCA